CAUUCUUUCUUCUAGAUGUUCCUCCGUGCAAACUCUCACAUUCUAUCGUCUCUCUGCAUUGGGUCCUGUCGCUUCUCGGCGCUGCAUCGUUGCUGUGGUAUAUCCAAGGUUGGCAGGAAUCCUCCGCUUCUAGGCCGUCUCACAAGCCCAAAUCACGCAUUCCAUACGCAUUCACGGCCCAAAGGACAUCCCGAAGAGAAGCUCAACAUGACUGACAAAAUCUCCUACGAUGGCGAAUGGAACCCUUCAUCCUGGCGCUCCAAGCCAAGAGUGCAAGUCGUGACUUACCCUGAUGAAUCUCACCUCGAUCCUGCGCUCAAAAAACUCCGUACUCUUCCUCCAAUUGUCACGCCUACAGAAAUUCAAAAGCUACGUCAACAUCUUCGCUCUGUGGCCUUGGGCGAAGCCUUUCUCCUCCAAGGCGGCGAUUGCGCCGAACUGUUCUCUUACUGUGAGGAUGAUGCCAUCGAUUCCAAGAUCAAGCUCUUGCUGCAGAUGUCUCUAGUGCUCAUCUGGGGCUCAAACAAGCCCGUUGUUCGCAUUGCCCGCAUGGCAGGCCAGUACGCCAAGCCUCGCUCCAGCGCCACGGAGAAGGUCAAUGGCCAAGAAGUCCCCAGUUUCAGGGGUGAUAUCUUGAAUGGCUUCGAGCUAGAUGCGAGAGUUCCAGACCCCGACAGGCUCGUCCAGGCCUACUUUCAUUCUGCAACGACCUUGAACUACGUGCGUGCACAAAUCUCAAGUGGAAUUGCAGACCUCCACAACCCGCUUGACUGGGGCUUGGGCCACGUCCGGGACGAGACACUGCAACAGCAAUACAAGACAAUUGUCAGCAGCAUCACCGAAUCGUUGAAGUUCAUGAGGACGAUUGGUGCGGAUACUGCAGGCCAGUUGCAGACUGUUGAAUUGUUCACCAGCCACGAGGGCCUGGUCUUGGACUACGAAGAAGCUCUAACGCGUAGCCUUCCCCGGCCCAAGAACGAUCUGUCAAGGAAGGAUGGAGACCGUGCGUGGUACAACACCUCUGCACACUUCCUGUGGAUUGGAGAUCGCACGAGGCAGCUGACGCACGGUCAUGUCGAGUAUUUCCGCGGCAUUGAGAACCCAAUCGGUAUCAAGGUUGGACCGACGAUGAAGAACGAAGAACUGAUCGAGCUGCUGGACAUUGUCAACCCAAACAAGGAAGUCGGCAAAGUGACUUUGAUUACGCGGUACGGCGAGGGCAAGGUUGAGGAGCUGCUCGGAGGACACAUUGACGCCGUGAAGAAGAGCGGACACGUGGUUGUCUGGCAGUCAGAUCCCAUGCACGGCAACACCCGCAGCACACCCACCGGCAUCAAAACCCGCCACUUCUCAUCGAUCCUGUCCGAGGUCUCUUCCGCGCUGAGGAUCCACCAGCAGCACGGCUCCUUCCUCGGCGGCAUCCACCUCGAGCUCACUGGCGACGCCGUCACCGAGUGCAUCGGCGGCUCCGAGGGCCUGGACGAGGACGACCUCAGCUUGAACUACACGACGUACUGCGAUCCGCGGCUGAACGAGAAGCAGGCACUGGAGAUGGCGUUCCUGGUCGCGGGGCAUUACCGGAAGCAGCACGGCGAGCAGCAGUAGCAGAGAUGGGGCCCGGGGUAUAUGAACUCUUAUGAUUGGUUUUGUCUGACAGACAGCUUGGCUUAUCUGGUGCUUUGUUUUUGUUUGUCUCGGGAUGAGUGAGUGGGAGAAGCGUACGCAGCCUGGCUUGCGAUUCUAAAAGCUUUUACACAUAAUUUAGGAGUGCGUUUCUUGGCGUUUGGCCAUGACGAUUCGAACUCGAAUCCGAAUCCGAGUCUUGAUUUCUAUUCGUCUCUAUAUUGGCGUUUGAUAAACCACGAGGGUUUCCGUCUUCCGAUGAGAAACUCUUGUUUAUACAUAAACUGCGUGGACUUGUCAAAUUGACAGGGCUUGUUUUCC